GGAAAAAUAUUAUUUUAAUGCCUCUGCAGGUGUUUCUAAUUUAUGCUGCAUUGGUGGUGUUUGUUUAUUUGGCCACUGACGGCUUCCAAAACAAUGCUCCCUUUGUUUUUGCAUUACCAGUGAUUGUUUUAGGGUGGUUUACUUUAUGGACUAGAAUGCCUGGGAGGAAAAGAUUAUUAACAGCUAUAUCCUUCUUUACACUUGCUAUUGCUUUAUACAGUUGGUCUGUUUUCCCCAAAAAAUUAGAAUUAAGUGCAAUGCUUAUUUGCCUUUCACAUAUUGCCUAUCUUCUCUCUUUCUACCGCUCACUAAGGAAAUGGUGGGUGGCUCUAACUGUUUCUACAUUAGCACUUGUCUCUCUCUUUCUCUACGGUGUUUUCGCCGAUCUCUAUCGUUCUAUCCCUGCAUUAGUUGCUGCAAUGUGUGCAACUAUUUUAUUGUCCACAUCUUCAUUUAUUGUGGCCGGUUCUGUAUGGAAAAAUGGUUCAACAAUGCGUUAUGAAGAACGGUCAGCUCUUGUCCGCUUCUUUGGAACAUUCUUUUUGUUAAUUUGCAAUGCUGCACUUUUGGUUAACCAAUUUGCUCGACAUACAAAUACUAUGGUCUGCUACUUGAAUUUUACAUAUUACACAUCCCAGUUUUUGCUUUAUUUUGCGAAUGAAAGAGCAUUUUAA